UAUACUUGCACAGACCAUUUCUUUUUUAAAUAAAAAAGUCAGUAACCUUAGGAGUACAGCUCCUGAAGCAUUAACAAAACUUGUAUUAUUACCAUAUAUAGAGGCCAAUUGUUAAUUAUGCCUUCAUUCUACUCUUACAGAUAGAAAUACCACUGGAUAUAUGAUAUGACGAUAAUGUUAAAGCAUUUUCUCUUUGUUUACAUUUGUAGUAUUCUAGCUCUCACAGUUCUUGUUCAUGCUCAAACUCAAUCAGGCUUCAUCAGUAUAGAUUGUGGAAUACCAGAAAACUCGACAUACACCGACAAAGCAACCGGCUUAAUCUAUGUUUCAGACUUAGGAUUUAUAGAAAACCAAGUUGGUGUAAGCAGUACUAUAUCACUUGAGCACCAUUCUGACACUCUCGAGCAGCAAUUUUCAACACUGAGAAGUUUUCCCCAAGGCCACAAAAAUUGCUACACCCUAAGACCAGCAGAUGGGAAAGGGAACAAGUAUUUGAUAAGAGCAAGAUUCUUGUACGGAAAUUAUGAUGGAAAAAUGAUAGUGCCAGGGUUCGAUUUGUACCUUGGAACUAACAAAUGGGGGACUGUGAAACUAGACAAUGCAUCUAUAACUGCGACCAAGGAGAUUAUAUAUAUUCCAAGUUCAGAUUACAUAUUUGUGUGUGUAGUGAAUACAGGCCAUGGCACACCUUUCAUUUCGGCUUUGGAGCUGAGGCCUUUGAGUAAUUCUACGUAUACCCCUGCUCAAGCUGCAGUCCUAUAUCGACGAUAUGAUGUAGGCUCAAAAAGUAAUUCAUACAUCAGAUACAAAGAAGAUGUAUAUGAUCGAAUAUGGCAGCCCUUUAAUUUCCCAGAUCGAAAAGUUUUAAGCACAUCGUUGGCAAUAGACUCUAAGUAUACCCAACAGUCUUUCAACCCACCAUCAAGUGUCAUGGCAACCGCCAUGUCUCCUGAAAAUGUGACAAGUCCUUAUUUUUCAUUCUACUUGAAGCCUGAGAAUCCAACCGCACAAUACUAUGUGUACAUGUACUUUGCUGAGCUGCAAAAGCUGCAACCAAAUGAGUCCAGAGAAUUCUACAUUUAUCAAAAUGGGGAGUAUUUUAAUGGUGAUGUUAUGCCUACGUCUCUUAACUACUUGUAUACUACUACUGUAUAUAGUCAGUCUCCUAUCAGCGGAGACAAAAUCGAGUACGAUCUCGAACAAACCAAGACAUCCACUCACCAGCCUAUCCUCAAUGCCUUAGAGGUUUAUAUUGUUCAGAAUUUUUCAGAGUCACAAACACAUGACCAAGAUGUUGGUGCUAUGAUGAAUAUCAAGUCAAAGUAUGGAGUGAGUAAAAACUGGCAAGGGGACCCAUGUGCUCCAAAAACUUACACAUGGGAUGGUCUUAAUUGCAGCUAUAAUGGCAAAGAUCCCGUUAGAAUCAUAUCCUUGAACUUAUCUUCAAGUGGAUUGACUGGGAAGAUACCUUCUUAUAUAACAGAUCUUACUAUGAUACAGUUCUUGGAUUUAUCAAACAAUAGUUUAACUGGAACCGUACCUGAUUUUCUUUCCAAAUUACAAUCCUUAAGCUUUUUAGACUUGAGAGGAAACAAUCUGACAGGUUCAGUUCCAGUCAACCUCAUUGAAAGAUCCAAUAAUGGUUCACUAUUACUAAGUGUUACUGGAAACCCACAUCUCUGUUCCAUAGUUUCAUGCUAUAAACAAGAGAAGCAUAAAAACUAUAAUGUUGCUAUUAUAGUAUCAGUCGCAUCUCUGUUUGUUCUUCUAGUUGCACUCUUUAUCGGAUGGAGACUGAUAAAAAGAAGAAAAAUAGACAAGUACAAAGCAAUGAACAACAUUGGGUCAGAAUUGGAGCGCAAAAAACAUCAAUUUACUUAUUCUGAGAUCACAACUAUAACAAACAACUUUGAGAAAGUCAUUGGAAAAGGAGGAUUCGGACCUGUUUAUUACGGCUACUUAAAUGACAAUCAAGUGGCUAUCAAGAUGCUCUCUGAUGUAUCAGAACAAGGCUACAAGGAGUUUCGAUCAGAGGUUUUACUUCUAAUGAGAGUUCAUCACAGAAACCUGACUAGUCUCAUUGGAUAUUGCAUUGAAGACAACUGUAUGGGGCUUAUCUACGAGUACAUGGCUAAUGGAAACCUGAAACAACAUCUCUCAGAAAAAAACACUUGUAUUUUAAGUUGGGAGGAUAGACUAAAAAUCGCAGUGGAUGCAGCACAAGGCUUAGAGUAUCUGCACCAUGGUUGUAAGCCCCCAAUCAUCCACAGGGAUGUGAAAACUCCCAACAUCUUGUUGAAUGAAAAAUUCGAAGCAAAACUUGCUGAUUUUGGACUCUCAAGAGCUUUUCCAAUUGAAGGUGGAACUCAUGUGUCAACUGUAGUUGCUGGCACUCCUGGUUAUCUUGAUCCUGAGUACUUCCAAUCAAAUUGGUUAAACGAAAAGAGUGAUAUUUUCAGUUUUGGAGUAGUUCUGUUAGAGAUCAUUACAAGUCGGCCUGUUCUUGCAAGAGACAGUGAUAAUGAGAACAUUCAUGUAUCACAAUGGGUUGAAUUUAUGGUUGGAAAGGGAGAAAUUGAGAGCAUUGUUGAUCCAAGGCUACAAGGAGAGUUCCAAGUCAACUCUGCAUGGAAAUAUGUGGAAAUAGCUACAGCUUGUGUAAGUCUAAAUUCCAGUGAAAGGCCAACAAUGACUCAAGUUGUAAUGGAAUUGAACGAGUGUUUGUCAUUAGCAAUCGACAAGGAUGACCCUUUACCAAAAACAAUGAAUAGUCUCAACGUGGAUACUGAUAUAAACCCUUCGCCAAGAUAGGCUUUAGUGUGGAGUAACUAUAUAUGUAUGGGUGUGAGUCAAAUUAGUUUUCAUUUCUUUGCGCAUAAUUUUUAUUUAUAAGGCGAGGUAAUUAUGUAUAAUUUUUUGUUAUUAUAUUUGGAAAAAACAUUAGUAAUUACAUAGUAAAAUAGUAUUAUGUAGUAAUUACUAUUUUUAACAACACUUUUUAGUAAGUACAUUAUAAUUAUGGAGAUUUUAUAAAAAUACUAAUUUUUUUUAGUCAUUUUUUAUAUUUUUA